AUGUUAAGCAUCUCAAGCAGAGUUUUUGUAAAACGUGGCGAUAAGCAAGCCAAAAAUGAGGAGAAUUCUCAAAAUACCACUUCUAAUAAGCAAGAAAGCAAGUUGGCUUACUCAACAACAACUUUUAAGCCCAAUACAUGUAAGGAGGACUCUGAAAUUGACUCUAAAAUUCCAAAUGGUUUGGUGCUUCACAAACAUAACUCGUCAAAGAAUUUGAAUUCUUGCCAACUAUCUUCGACUAGGAUGAUUAAUAAUGGUGAUUGUGCUAGUAAUGCGAGCACUACAUCUGGUGCCUCUUUAGAGAGGGAAUGCUCUUCCCCACAAUCAAGCUCAUUUAUUCAGAAAGGAAAUUGUUCCGAUCUGAGCACAUUUUCUCAAGGACCUCACAAUAAAAUUCUAGGAGAAAGUACCUUCGGGUCUCAGGUUGAAAAUCCCAAGAAGAAGACUAGAAGGGGAGGCAAGAAAGCUAGGCUAAGAAGAGAGAAGGAGAAAGCAAAGACUACUCAAAAUGAAAAUUUGAUCAAUAAAACCACAAAUCAGGAUGGUGCCAUGAAAAAUCAGAUCAAAUAUAAGACUGAGCUUUGUAAAAAUUGGAUAGAGACAGGCAAAUGUAGCUAUUCAGUUAGGUGUAUGUUUGCUCAUGGCUACCAUGAACUUUCUAUUGGACAAUCAAAAGUACAGGAAGAGAAAGCUACUAAGAAGCAGCCUUGUGGAAAAUUCCAUAAUGAGCUCUAUUGUAGUUAUGGUUCCAGAUGCCUCUAUAAUCAUGACAAAAGAUCUUUCCAUGAAUUACCCAAUUGUUAUUUUGCUAAAAAUCUACUAAACUUAAAAGAAAGGAUGGCCAAACCAUGGAUGACUAAUAAAAGACUAAGGGUCUUUGAAGAAAUCACAAAUGAUUUCAACCCAAUCGACGAUGCUAAGGAAGAUUAUUCCCUUGACUCCUGCACCAAAAAUCAGACAUUGAUGGAAUCCCCAGCACCAAUCGAUGAGUGCUAUUCUACUGCAUCUGACUCUACCGACUUAGGAGCUGAGCAAAUUGAUGACUUUGCUUCUAUUAUGGCUGAAGUCUUCUAAAGAAUUUCCUCCAUAUCGAUGUAUUUAACUUGGCGAUAGUCGAUCUUUCCUUGGAAAGGAAAGAUCGCUCUUGCCAACAGAGUAAUUAAUAAUAUAAGCAAUUAA